UAUAGCAAUAGACGGUCGAGAGACUCACCAUGUCAAACAGUGACACUCAUUGUUAGCUCUUGUUGAUUCUUGUUGUUCUCUGGGACAUCGCAUUUGCAUCUGCACUGGCAUGUAGCAAUGGCGGCUGUUACUUAUUCAGCCCUAACUCUCGCGAACGCCGUUAAUCGAACCGCCGCCGUCUCCAGAUCCGGUUGGAGCCACCGCCCCCUCACGGUCAAAUGCACUGCUCAAUCUCUCUCAUUAGCUGACAACUCCGAGAAGUUUCUCGAAGCUUCGAAGAAGGGGAACGUUAUUCCUCUAUACCGUUGCAUAUUCUCGGAUCACCUCACUCCAGUGCUAGCUUACCGGUGUCUCGUUAAGGAGGACGAGAGAGAUGCUCCUAGUUUUCUCUUUGAAUCGGUGGAGCCCGGCCAAUUUUCUAGCAUUGGGCGGUACAGUGUGGUGGGAGCACAGCCGUGCAUGGAGAUUGUGGCGAAAGAGAAUGUGGUUACUGUUAUGGACCACAUGGAAGGGCGCAGGAGUGAGGAAAUUGCAGAGGAUCCACUGGUGAUUCCUCGAAGGAUCAUGGAGAAGUGGAGGCCUCAACUCAUUGAUGAACUUCCUGAGGCGUUUUGCGGUGGUUGGAUAGGGUAUUUCUCUUAUGAUACAAUGCGCUAUGUAGAAAAGAAGAAGCUUCCAUUUUCUAAUGCCCCAGUAGAUGACAGAAACCUUCCCGAUAUUCAUCUGGGCCUUUAUGAUAAUGUUAUUGUGUUUGAUCAUGUUGAAAAGAGAGCAUAUGUGAUUCACUGGGUUCGGUUAGAUCGAUACUCUUCUGCUGAGGAAGCCCUCAGUGAUGGAAAAAAACAGCUGGAAACUUUAGUAUCUCGGGUGCAUGAUAUAAUCACCCCAAAGCUGAUAGCAGGUUCGAUCAAGUUACACACACAUCUCUUUGGUCCUAAACUGGAGACGUCAAAUAUGACAAAUGAGGAAUAUAAGAGGGCAGUAUUGCAGGCUAAAGAGCACAUACUGGCUGGUGAUAUUUUUCAAAUUGUACUAAGUCAACGUUUUGAACGGAGAACUUUUGCAGAUCCAUUUGAAGUCUACAGAGCAUUGCGGAUCGUUAAUCCUAGUCCAUAUAUGACUUAUUUACAGGCCAGAGGGAGUAUUUUGGUUGCUUCAAGUCCAGAAAUUCUUACACGGGUGAAGAAGAGGAACAUCACCAACCGGCCCCUAGCUGGUACUACUAGGAGAGGAAAAACACCCAAAGAAGAUAUCAUGUUGGAGGAAGAACUUUUGAAUGAUGAAAAGCAAUGUGCAGAGCACGUAAUGCUAGUUGAUUUGGGGAGAAAUGAUGUUGGAAAGGUCUCCAAACCCGGCUCUGUUCAAGUUGAAAAGCUCAUGAAUAUCGAGCGCUAUUCCCAUGUUAUGCACAUAAGCUCAACUGUCACUGGGGAGUUGUUAGAUAACUUAACAAGCUGGGAUGCAUUGCGUGCUGCUUUACCUGUUGGUACAGUUAGCGGAGCACCGAAGGUAAAAGCAAUGGAGUUGAUUGAUGAGUUGGAAGUGGCACGACGGGGGCCAUAUAGCGGGGGAUUUGGAGGCAUAUCCUUUAAUGGCGAUAUGGACAUAGCCCUUGCACUGAGAACCAUAGUUUUCCCUACUAAUGCUCGUUAUGAUACAAUGUACUCGUACAAGGAUCAUAUGAACAAACGCAGAGAAUGGGUUGCCCACCUCCAAGCUGGGGCGGGAAUCGUUGCUGACAGUGAUCCAGCUGAUGAGCAGAGAGAGUGCGAGAAUAAAGCUGCAGCCCUUGCUCGUGCCAUCGAUCUUGCAGAAUCUUCUUUUGUUAACAAACAAUAAUUUCAAUGUGUUUAUCAUAAUUGGAUAUUCUUUACAAUUGUAAAGGAAUUAGAAUGUUGCAUGCUGAAUUCUGAAUAAUAUUUGUGACAAGUGCUGAACAUAAAAGUUAUUUCAUAGCCUAAACUAAUGCCAACAGAGUUUCUUUUGCCAA